AAAAAAAAAAACUCAGUCUCGAAUUGUUGUAGCAGUACUAAUUGUGCUACCAGUGAAAAUUGUUGAAUUAAUAUAGUUUCUAGUCGGUGGCAAUAGGACAGAUCCAUCCAUGUGUAUAGCACACCGCAUAAAGCAUUCCAGCUAUGCGAAAUUGAUGGGAUCAUGGGAGCCAUCUGCUCGAUCAAGCAUUUCACAUGGCAAUCAACUUAAUUUUCCUAGCUAGGCACUGUCUUGAGAUUGAGAACUAUACUCCACUCAGCAUAGCAAUACAGAUCAUGCAUCGUCCUUUUGCCUACUGGUAUUGCUACAGCGUUUGCAUGGAUGUCCUGGAGAUUAACUCCACUGCGCUGCUGUAAACAUCCUUCUGCACCUGUGAAGCGGGUACAGAGAAGUUAAUUAACCCUGGGGCAGUGAAAAUUCAUGCGGCGGCCCGGCCUGCCGGAAUCCUUCUGCUGCCCAUCCAUCUCAUCUGAUCCGUAUUUAUCCCUUUUCUCCAAGAGAGAGAGAGAGAUCAUGGUAGAGAGAGAGAGAGAGAGAUGGAAGAUGGAAGCUUUAGGAGGGGAGGAGGGCUGCGAUCUACACACUGGAUCCAAGAGUUUCACCACCACACUCUCAUUCUCCCCACAAUCAUUUGCGCCACCCCUUUCCCUUCUCCCUCUUCUCACUCUCAUGAUCUAUUUAACAUGCGUCGGGCCUUUGCUUGUUGCCUGCGUAUAAUUCUGUUCCUUGCUUGCUUCUCCUUUACCCUCCCCUCUCUUCUCCAUCAUCACCUCCACGACGCCUGCCUCCUCCUUCUCUCCUCCCUCCUUCAAGCUGCUACAAAACACCACACAACACACAAACACGAUUCAGCAGUCACACUACUGGCUAGCUACUGGGUGGCUUAGACAAUUCUCUUGCAUAAACUACUUCUUGGAUCCCCUGAGAGAGGAUCUAGAGCGGCGGUGGGAUCUGCGCGCGCGCACCGGCUUCGAUGGGCCUCGAUGUCGCGGAAAUCUCCGAAUUGGCGGCGCUCCGGCCGAUCCAGACGGCCGUGAGCGGCGCCGCAGUGCCCGGGGAGGACGACGGCACGGCCGUUGCCGACGACACCGGCUGCGUCACACCCAAGGCGAGCGGCCCGCGAUCGGCCACGGCAGGUGCAGCGGACGACGACAACGACGCGGCCGCCGACGUCACAGGCUGCGUCACGCCGAGGGCAAGCGGGUCCAUGGCCAUGCUGCCAAUUGCGCCACUGCUGCAAGACGACGGCGUCGACACCGGCUUCGCCACGCCGCUGGCCACGGGUGGAGAAACUGGGCCGCGAGACGGCUGCGGCGCCGCUGAGGGCGACGAGGGCAGCUUCACCACGCCGACCACGGCCGACAGCGCGCUGAUGCCGGCGACGGCGUGCCCGCCCGCGCCGCGGAAGUCGGCGCCGGUGCCGACGAGGAAGCGCGCGCCGCUGCAGCAGCGGCUCUUCUACCCGGUGCCGAGCGACCUGACCACCGUGUUCCUCGCCGUGCCGCAGUGCCCGCCGCCCGCCAAGAAGAUGCGGGCGCACGUGGUGGGAUCAUCCGUGCCACUGGGCACGUGACAGAGGCCCCCCACGUACACUCUCCAUGUCUCGUUCAUGCAGUUCAGCGCUUCACAUGCAUGCGUGCUGCUGCCGCGCGCCAUUGUGGUGACUGCGAGUGGGCGAAGGAAUUCUUCAAUCUCCAGAGAAGCGGAGGCGAGCGAGUCACCAGCUCAACAGACGAGCAAGAUCAAGGGGCUCUCGAGCGACGAGCGCCCAGACAAGAAGACGUUGUAGUUGAAUCCUUCAAGCCUCGGCUCAACUCCUCUCUCCAACUCCAAGAUCGAUGCGGGUCACACACUCUCAAACACUCGCGGAACGUACAGUAGCACUGAAGUUCAGUUGAACCACUCAGCUUCUCUCUCUUUCUCUGUCUCUGUCUCUCUCUCUCUCUCUCGCUCUCUGUGGGAGCUGAAUCCCUCGGCUUCUCUUUCUCCUCACUCUCUCUUUAAGUCUUUAUUGUUUCUUGCAUCACAUGUACAAAUACACCAACUGUUUUGGUGA